AUGCGACUCACCCGCUGCCAGGCUGCUUUGGCAGCUGCCAUCAUCCUCAACCUCCUGGUCUUUUUCUAUGUCUCGUGGCUGCACCAGCCAAGGAACUCCCGGGCGCGUGGUGGCCACCGUGGGUCAGCUGCCAGCCCCCAAGUCACCAUCCUGGUGCGAGAAUUCGAGGCCUUUGACAACGCUGUCCCUGAGCUGGUGGACUCCUUCCUUCAGCAGGAUCCAGCCCAGCCCGUGGUGGUGGCAGCCGACACACUUCCCUACCCACCACUGUCCCUGCCCCGCCUACCCAACGUCCGCUUGGCAUUGCUCCAGCCCGCCCUGGACCGGCCUGCCGCGGCCUCGCGCCCAGAGACCUACGUGACCACAGAGUUUGUGGCCCUGGUGCCUGAUGGAACGAGGGCCGAGGUACCUGGCCAGCUGGAGCGAAUGGUAGAGGCGCUCCGGGCAGGAGGUGCUCGCCUGGUGGCCUCUCCGGUCGCCACUGCCAACCCCACGCGGUGCCUGGCUCUGAACGUCAGCCUGAGGGAGUGGACAGCCCGCUAUGGCCCGGCCCCUUCUCCACCUCGCUGCGACGCCCUGGACGGGGACGCUGUGGUGCUGCUACGCACUCGUGACCUCUUCAACCUUUCAGCGCCCCUGGCACGGCCGCUGGCCACCAGCCUCUACCUGCAGACUGCACUCCGCGGCUGGCAGGUGUGGUUGCUGGAGCAGCGCCCCUUUGCUGUUGCACAUCAGCCCCCGCUCAGCACGGCGCAUGCACGCUGGAAAGCAGAGCGUGAAGGGCGUGCGCGACGCACGACACUGCUGCGGACACUGGGCAUUCGCCUAGUGACCUGGGAGGGUGGGCGAGCCGAGUGGUUCGGCUGCAGCAAGGAGAGUACGAGGUGCUUUGGGACGGUGGUGGGUGACACGCCGGCCUACCUGUAUGAGGACCGCUGGACGCCCCCGUGCUGCCUGCGAGCACUGCGGGAGACCGCCCACUACGUGGUGGGCGUCCUGGAGGCAGCUGGUGUGCGCUACUGGCUGGAAGGUGGUUCGCUGCUGGGCGCUGCCCGUCACGGCGACAUCAUCCCCUGGGACUAUGAUGUUGAUCUGGGCAUCUACCUGGAGGACGUGGGCAACUGCGAGCAGCUGCGCGGGGCCGAAGCAGGCUCCGUGGUGGACGAGAAGGGCUUCGUGUGGGAGAAAGCGGUGGAAGGCGACUUCUUCCGUGUGCAGUAUAGCGAGAGCAACCACCUACACGUAGACCUGUGGCCCUUCUACCCACGCAACGGGGUCAUGACCAAGGACACGUGGCUGGAUCACAGGCAGGACGUCGAGUUCCCCGAACACUUUCUGCAGCCCCUUGUGCGCCUGCCCUUUGCUGGCUUCGUGGCCCAGGCACCCAACAACUACCGCCGCUUCCUGGAGCUCAAGUUUGGCCCCGGGGUCAUCGAGAACCCCGAGUACCCUAACCCAGCCCUCCGGAGCCUAGCAGAAGGCAGUUGA